AUUAUUUAUGUAAACCAGAAGACAACAUCUACAGUAUUGACUUCACCCGCUUCAAAAUUCGAGAUUUGGAGACAGGGACAGUGCUUUUUGAGAUUGCCAAACCUUGUGUUUCAGACCAGGAGGAAGAGCAGGAGGAGGAAGGUGGAGAUGUGGACCUCAGUGCAGGACGCUUUGUGCGCUAUCAGUUCACACCAGCAUUCCUUCGCCUCCGGACCGUCGGGGCUACAGUGGAGUUCACAGUGGGAGACAAACCUGUGUCAAACUUCCGGAUGAUUGAACGGCACUACUUUCGGGAACGCUUGCUGAAAAACUUCGACUUUGAUUUCGGCUUCUGCAUUCCCAGCAGUAGGAACACCUGUGAACACAUCUACGAGUUUCCCCAGCUCUCUGAGGAUGUCAUUCGCUUGAUGAUUGAAAAUCCUUAUGAGACCCGCUCUGACAGCUUCUACUUUGUGGACAACAAGCUGAUAAUGCAUAACAAGGCUGACUAUGCCUACAAUGGAGGCCAGUGACUGCUGCCCAAGUGGACAGGUGGCGCUUGGCUGCGGCCACAGACCCUGGCACAUGGGGCAACUGAAGCUGCUGUUUGUCAUCACUCAUCUGGAACCUGGCCCCAGGAAGCCGAGGCUGGGACGGCAGUUUCCUGCGUGCUAAGGAAGUGCCAAGCAGUGCUGUGUUCUUCCCCAGUAUUUCUUCUUCCUUUUUCCUACCUGCCCUUUAGGUCGCAGAGGUUCUAUAGUAAAGUAAAAAUUUAGAAUAAGGCUCCUAGAACCCAGAUAAGAAAGAAAACUUGUUUUCAUGUAAUUCUAGCUAUUUAGUGGUUGCCCUGACAGGCCUCCAUCUCUCCAGGUGGAGUUGGGCCCAGGCGGGAAGGCUCUGACCAAACCUGCUUAUAGGUUAGCAGCUCCCCACAAGGUUCCUGAGUCUGUGGGAAGCCAGAAGCCUCCAGGAGGCUCUUCCUCCCACUUCUGGUGUUGCCAUCAGCACGGCCUGCUCUCAGCUGGCACACAGUCUUAAAUCACCUGGAAGAAACUGGAAAGUGGGGGGGGGGGGGGGGGUGGGGGAAAGCUCCACUGCGUGGAGAGGCCUGCUUACCUGUCUGACUGUGGGGUCUUCAGCCAGCCCUUCUGGGGGACAGACAGAGGUUUCAGCCUGGCAGUGCCUUCCUGUGUUUGUUCUGGAGGACAGAGAGCCUUCUCUGCUUUUCCUGGCUCCUAAGUUUGGAGCAUCUGAAAUAGGACAUGUCACGUCAGUCUUGCUCAUGGAACAGCAGUAUCUCUUGGGGCCAGAGCAGGCCAUGUUGAAUUUUGCAUUUUUAUUUCCAGACUUCUUGGAAGGUUUUCUAAGGUUUCAGUGGUGUUCGCAGCAUAUGUGAUGUGCGCUUAGACUUGUGAGAGUAUUAAUAAGGCUCCCAGGCUAAUCUGGCUCACGUUGGGAGAGCACAGCAAGGAACGGGUGGCGACUUUAGAGGAGAGAUUUGAUGUUUUCUACUCAGCAGAGCCUUGAGAAUUGGCUUUUGAUGGGGAUUUGCCUCCACAACUUUAGAUUUCUUAUUUAGGAGGGUUUUCCUAUCUGCCUUUCUAUGGAAGUAGUUUCUGGAGCCCUCCUGGCAGGUCAGACCUAAGUAGUGCAUAUUCUGACCCUUGAGACUACAGUUGGACUUGUACUGGGUGCUGGAAGAGGAUGGGAGUGGCUCGAAUAGCCUGUUAGACUGAUGUGUGCUCAGAAAGGCUUCCCUCACACAUCGUGCAGGCCCCUCUUGUCCUGACCCUCCUUGCACAGACUCCUUGCUGGUUCAGCUCCCUCUGUUGUCUGUGUGGGGGCGUUGGAUGCUCAGCCCAGACUGCAACCUGCUGAGAAGAGUGUCACUGGGCCAGGCUCCAUUAAGCGUUGAUAGGAAGGUGCUAGUAGGAAGGACCCAGGUGUGUGGCGAGUCAUGGUGAGGCACCCCAGUACCUGUGGCAGGAGGGCUGUGCCUGUGUGGGACCAGGGAGGGAAGAGCCAGCACUGCCACAGAAGCAGUUGCCACCCAGUACUGUUCCAGUUUGGAUUCUCGCGUGUGAGUGGCCUUGACCAGUGGUCUGGUGCUUUGUGCCAGGCUAGAGCCUCACUGGUGCCAGACAAUGGCAGCCUUCUCAUCAUGUGACCCCUGUGCUGACGCUGGGUCCUACCUCUGCAGGAGGGACAAGGCCAUGUGUCCUGUGGAGUGGGUUCCUCCUCCCCUGCCUGGGUGAUUCAGAACUGGAGUCGACUACAAAUCCAGGUGCCUUACGUGUGGCUCUGUCCAUGUGCUGCUGGGGAAAGUGGCAUCGCCCUCCUUCCCUCCUCCUCUGUGGACAGACUUCAGCACUGUCUCCUGCCCCUCUUCUUCUCUGUGGCUCAUCUGAUGGGAUUUGCAUGUUCCUGUCUAGUUUCAGGACCAUCCCUUCUCGCCAUGACUGAAGCCCAGAUGCGAGAGCUUCUAUUUUUGAUGCUUAAAUAAUACCUAGAGUGUGUUUUCAGAGCUGUCUGCAGCUCUGGUCAGUAGUAUGUCUUGGAAUGUAUCCCAGGGCAGAGAAUAUCCAGUCCAUCAGACAGCACUGCGCUAGCCCUGCUGCACCGAGAGCUUUUGCUGGAAGACCCAGAGGAUGGAGGAGGGAGGCCCUCUGCCUUGAGCAGUGCUGUCUCCU